CGUACCAUCGUCGCGGCGCGCGGUACGUUCGCACGGUUGUCCGUUGUGCGUCGUCGUUUCGCGCGUUUUCCCGAUUCAAUCCCGAUUCAUAAUCGUCCCGUAAAAAAGUGUUGCGCGAAAGAAUUUUACAAGUGGCGGCAUUUUCAAAAAAAUCCCCACCGCAAUGCCGCACACGCACGCCUUUCGAAAUUCGAGCGUCGACUUGUAACGCGCCGCGUGUCGUUUCGAUCUUUCGUGAUCCAACAGGAGUACGGAGUGAAAGUUGUGUGAGUGAAGCUGAGAGGAAAAAAGGGAGGGGAAAAAAAAAAGGAAAGCAAGUCGCGGUGACGCGAUAGCAAAAAAUAUACGAAUAGUUGGAUAGUGAGAGAAAGAAAACAUCGCGCGCGCGCAGCAUGAGACCGCGCCGGUGGCACGGAGGAUCCGCGGAGUUCGGUCGAUUUCGCGGAUCAGCGUGCAGCGAUGCGGUGCUCCGGUGAUAAGGGAGGACCAGCGCUAAAGUGUGUUAUGCGCGAGUGCGGCCGAUUAGGGCCGGGGAUAGGGUACUCAGCAGCAAGCCGCCGGCACGAGCAUCGUCGUCGCGAUGCCGUUUGUGAUGCGGAAGGUAGAGCCGCGGCACGUGUGCCGCGGCCACGUGCCGGCGGGCCCGCAUCCGGGCUGGCCGGUGGGCGCCGAGCUCGAAGCGGUGGCGAACGGCACCCUCACCACCUCCCUCAGACAGUUGGCCUCUCUCCUCACCGUCGCGGAGGACAUCUUCGCGAACCUCACCGCCGAGCUAGCUCAAGUCGCCGAAAGAAGCGGACACCUACGUCAUAAGCUCGACAAAGUCGAAGAGCGACUCUGCACCGUUGAUCCCAAGAAGAUACCAGUCCCGGAAUCGGAUAUCUGUACUUUUGCGGCGAGGACGGAGCAUUUUCACGUCACGAAUAAACCAUCGACGGGACUGUUCACGACGGACACGAGACCGAAGGCCCUAAGGGAAUUGUACGAGCUCGCUGCUAUAGUCGCCGUACGAAGUUUGGAUUCCUUGAGGAGGGAUGGCAGCUCGAUGGAUAUGUUCCUUUGCACACCGGUCCUCGGUAAAAGAAGACGGGACCAUAGCCUCGACAUCGAGUCUAGAGUCCCGGCUGCUAUCGAAGAUCUUCGAAGAUGGACAUCCACUGAAGCGCUCGGUGACGUCACUGUACCACCGGACUGUGCAUCCAGGAUCUUGGGCGACACGACUAGCGACGAUGCUGUCGAUCACAAGCUACCUAGCCCCGAGGAACAGGUUCAGGCUAUCGCGCUCAAGUAAGCGGUUUAUCUCAACACGUCACUUGAUUGCUGAUAGAACAAGAAUUGUAGAAAUCGCCGCACGAAAUACAGAGACUGA